UGUAUGUGCAGGAUCAGAAGAUGGUAUUUCUGACAACUAAAGUAAUGCAAAGGACUGCGCUCUUUGUGACAUUUGGAAGUUGGGUGACUUCUCUGAUCACCGCCUUCCUUCCACUGUGGAAGACAAUGAACUCUGACCUGAACGAAGUGGAGAACUGGUUCUCUGGUCUGUGGCUCACCUGCCUCUACACCGAAGAGGUAGGAAUUCAGUGUAAAGCCUAUGACUCCAUCAUGGGGCUGCCAAUGGACCUGCAGAUCUCCAGGGUGCUCGUGUCAGUGUCUAUAGGCACAGGUGGUUUAGCUCUGCUGGCUGCUUUCCCAGGACUGGAGGGGGUUGGAAUGUGUGUGGGGCAGCCUGGCCUCAAGCGACGGCUCAUCAUCUUCGCGGGAGUGAUGACCUGGGUGUCGGGGCUCACUACUCUCGCUCCUGUCUCUCUUGUUGCCUACACAACUGUGGUGGACUUCUGGGAUGAGGGUUUUCCUGAUGUGAUGCCACGCUGGGAGUAUGGAGAGGCGAUGUUCUCUGGGUGGUUUGGAGGUUUGGGUCUGGUCAUCGGAGGGACCCUCUUCUUUGUAGCUGUGUGCAUGUGGGACUACGACCAGAAGCCACCAAGUGUGCCAAACAGCCCUCAGGCAAAGCACAGGACAAAGAACUACCUGAAGACGGAGGUUUUAUAGAGUCAUCUGCACAUUUAUAUACUUCAUAUGAAAGCCUGUCAGCUUUUGAGUGAUGACGCAAUGAAAAUACUUGGGAAACACUUCACUAGCUCUAUUUGUGUGACAAUGACAAGAAUAUUUCUGACUGAAGUGACAUGAAAGCUACAUAUGUUUAAUUUGUUUAGCUCUAAGUAUAAGUGUGCACUUUUAUGUAAUCUGUUUCUGGUUGAUUAUGUGAUAAUCCUAGUUUUCACAAAAUAUUAAAGUAGAGUGACUUAAUAAGCGACUGCAGUAGUUUGUAGUCCUUAAAGCAGGGAUACUCAACUUGUUUUGCCCAGGGGACACUUUUCCAAAAUGGCAGGAGACAAGAGUUUGCCGUCCUCACUCAUCUUUGCCAAGAGGCAUCCAGUUGCAGCAGCCCUGCAAAGCCAUUCGUAGCAGCGCAGCACAGGUCAGGUAUACACAGGGGCGUUUCUAGGUUUUAAGGACAUUCUGGGCUCAGCCUGGACCUCUGUCAGGGGGGUCCAGGGCACUUUUUUUUCAUAAACAAGAUUUUUUUUUUUUAUUUAACUACUUUGCUUUUGCUUUAACAUUCAAAGCACCAAAAUUCAGAUUUAGCCCAUGUGCCGUAAGUUGAGUAUCAUCGCUUUAAAGUCUACAGAGUCUGAACAAAUAGGUUAGGAAGGCAUUUUUUUUACCAGUAGACAUGAACCUGAAGUACAUUAAACUUUCUUGAAAUAAUAUUUUUUAAUCCUUAGUUAAAACUAGUGCAGCUUUGGUGCAGUGUCAGCGUAUUUCAGACCUAGGAAGCAUGCCAUGUAUAUGUCCUUCGUUGAAGGUAUGAUCUGUGAUGCAAACAAAAGGACAAACUUCAGAAUCCCAGCUGAGAAUUUAUCAGGUUAUGAGUGAAUGAAGUGAAAUGGCAUCUGUAGGAGCCAAGUAUAUAUUUAUAUUAUGUUGUUUAUUGCUUAUCUCACCUGUUACGUAUAGCAUGAUGUGAAUUAGACUUGGAAAAAUAAUUAUUUUUGUUUGGGUUCUCCCAUUUUCUGUUGAUUGCGAAUCUCAC